AUGGUCGUAGUGGUCAAGGUAGUAGUCAUGAAGGAUACUAGAAGGAGAAGGGACAGUCAAGCGAAGCAAAUUGACGUGGAAGAGAACGCAGUCAAGGAAGAGGUGGCCGAUCAAUUUUUUCCAACAUUCAGUGCUACAAAUGUCACAAAUAUGGUGGAAGAAACAACCAACCUAGCCUUGGAUUACGAAACAAAUGAAGGUCUUCUCUUGAUGGCUCAAAAUGAUGAUCUGAAAGCGAGAGAACACGGCAGCGUGAAAGAUGAUGGUGGUGAUCGUGAGACGAAUGUGGAGAUUGGGAGAUUGAAAGAUGAGAAUAAUGGGUUUGUGUUGAAAGUUGAGGAAGAGAGGGAGAAAUGGUUGAAGGUUUGUUGUGAGAGGGAUGAAAUUAAGGCUGAUUCUGAUGGAUUGUUUGAGGAAACAGGGGAUUUGAGAAGGAAAAUGACUGAAAUAGAGAAGAAUGAGAGAAGGGCUCUGGAAGAGAUAGAGGAUUUGAAGGUGAAAUGCAAGAAGUUGUCAGGUGAAAAGAUUGAGAGUGAGAUUAUGAAUGGGAAUUUGUUGAAAGAGAAGAAAUUUGUUAAGAGAUUAUUGGAUGAAUAUGGUAGGGUUAUUGAAGAUUUGGAGAGAAAAGUCGAUUCGAAAACGAAGGAGAAAGUUGAAAAGGAAAAGAAAGCUUUAGAAAUGAAGAUUGAAAGGUUAGAGAAUGAAGUGAUUGAGCUGAGUGAGAGUUCUUUCUAUCUCAAACAGGAGAAGGAAGAGAAUGGGAAGGUAAUUUCUGAGCUUGUCAGUAGAAUUGAAGAAGGUGUGGAGAAAGAGAAUGGCUUAUUAAUGAAGGUUGAUGGUUUAGUGGAAGAGUUAGUGAGGGAGGAGAAAGAUGUAGAGAUGUUAACUCAAUAA